UUUAACUAUUCUACAAUAAUGGCGUUUCCGAACCAUUUCUCACAGGAAAUGGCUCUACGGCAUCUUUCCGAACAAAACUCCUCUGCUUUAAGCAACGUACUCCCAGAACAAAUGACUGCUCGCUUGCCGGAGCACCACCAACCGCCGCCUACGUGGCUGAACAGCGCUAUUCUCCGCCAGCAGAGUCAAUUCACAUCCACCGGCAACGGGAAUUUCCUCAAUAUGCAAAACAACUCGCACUCCGCCUCAGCGCCGUUGCAGGUUUCGAAUAAUCAGUGGCUUUCACGGCCAGUUUUGCAGCGAAAUGUCAGUGACGUGAGGGAUGAUGUUCAGGUGUCCAGUGAUUCGAUGAUCGGCACUGAUUUAAACAACAACAACCACAAUAAUAACACUCACACUGGCAGAAAUGAAAACAGUGAGUUAACGGAUGGCGGCAGCGGCGGUGGUGAAGGAGUGAUUAAUUGGCGAAAUUCGAGGUACAAAGCGGAGAUUUUGUCGCAUCCUUUGUAUGAGCAGCUAUUGUCUGCACAUGUGGCGUGCUUGCGAAUCGCGACGCCGGUGGAUCAGCUCCCGAGGAUCGAUGCUAAGCUUGAACAGUCACAGCAAGUGGUCGCUAAAUACUCCGCGCUUCAACAUGGAAAUCACGGCGAUGAUAAAGAGCUUGAUCAGUUUAUGACACAUUAUGUCUUGUUAUUAUGUUCAUUUAAAGAACAACUUCAGCAGCAUGUGCGUGUUCAUGCAAUGGAAGCAGUUAUGGCUUGCUGGCAGAUUGAGCAAUCAUUACAAAGCGUAACAGGAGUUUCUGCAGGAGAAGGAACAGGUGCUACAAUGUCUGAUGAUGAUGAGGACCAGGUAGAAAGUGAUGUAAACAUGUUUGAUGGAAGUGUAGAUGGUUCCGACAGUAUGGGAUUUGGUCCUCUGAUCCCAACAGAGAGUGAAAGGUCAAUAAUGGAGCAUGUACGGCAGGAGCUAAAGCAUGAGUUGAAACAGGGUUACAAAGAAAAGAUUGUGGACAUCAGGGAGGAAAUUUUACGCAAGAGAAAGGCGGGAAAGCUUCCUGGUGAUACUACAUCGACGUUAAAAGCUUGGUGGCAAUCACAUUCAAAGUGGCCAUACCCUACCGAGGAAGAUAAGGUAAUAUUGGUGCAAGAAACAGGCUUACAACUGAAACAGAUAAAUAAUUGGUUCAUUAAUCAAAGGAAGAGGAACUGGCAUAGUAAUUCGUCCUCCUCCACAUCCUUGAAAAGCAAACACAAAAAGGUGAAAACAGGGACGACCAUUUCACAUAAUUGAUGCGAGCUUCUCGAGUAACAGCUAUACAUAUUUCCCCUUCAUUUAGUAUAUUUUAAUCUGGAAAGUUCUCGCUUAUGGUUGCACUUGUUACAACAUGGAGGGACGGAAAGAGAUCACUAAUGUUGAUGGUAGAGGUUAUGGUGGAUGAUUUUGCUCCUCUCUGAUCCUGAGGAGAGGAAACAGCCUAUUACAGUAGAUGUUUGUUCCUUGGCAGUUAAGGUUUAUAGAUGCACGACGACUGGUUGGAUAUAGUAUGCCCGUCCCUUCAUGGACUCGUUCGAUUUUGUUAUUUCCGUAUGUGUAUAAAAAUAGGAAUUCUAUUUCCAGUGUACAGUUCAAUAAUCUAUGGAUUGGUGUGGGAAAUUGAUAUUAUCCGUGAACUUGUUUCGCUUAUUGAUAGUAUACAAUUGCUAUAAUUUUGAUUGAU